AGCAGAAAACACUUGUUUUACUUAUGUUGACCUCCCCUCUGAAUGAAAAGAGUUUACAUUUAAAGAUGAAGACUUCCUGUUUUGUAGGCCAAUGAAUGUGUGUGUGUGUGUGUAUGCAUGGAAGCGAUGAGUAUUGAGUGUGGUAUCUAUAUGUUGAAUGUGUUGAAUCCUUUUUCCAUCAUCCGACAUACAUUCUGUUUUCUGGGUAAAGCUGUUUUGUUUUCAAAAUAAAAGCGUCACCUUAACUAUUGGACCAGGGAGCUUUGGAUAAGAAUGAAAUAGUACCCUCAACCCCCCCUGUAUGUUACAUGGGAUGGAAGCCCCAAGAGGCAACUGGAUAUUAACAGGCAACUCAAGGCUCACAGCAGCCCGUCCCCUGUCCCUCGGCCCGGCCUCAUGGAUCCCGGCGGAAGUGAACUGGACUCCAGCCUGCCUCAGCCCGAGAACCCGUGCCUGAUCGUGGAGGACUCCCAGCCGGACAGCGUCGCGCUGGAGGACGACCCGGAGAGCAGCUACCGAGCUCUGCUGGCCCGCCGCCUGUCCAGCCUGCAGCCCACCUCCCGCAGCCCGGUUCUGGAGCUGAUCUCCUCGCCGCUGGGAAGCAGAUACUCUCAGAGUGACAGCCAAUCAGAGAGCUCCCGGAGUAACAACCAAGCUGAACCUGGCAUUCUAAUGGCGGCCAACCCCAGCAGUGCAUUCGAGGAGGAAAGUCAAGUGCUCAACAUGAACCCCCCGAACAAGAAAAAGUGUGCACCAGAGGAGCCUGAUGUGGGUUCUGGAGCGGACUCUACCACACACUGCGUCCAGUCCGAGGGGGGAGCCUCUCAAUUUGGUUUUCUGGAGCUCUCCCAGAGCCAGGAUGUGCGUGGUGAGAUGCUGGAGGAGCAGGAAGAAGAUGAUGUUCCUCGACCAGACAGCGAGAGACGCACCAAGCUAGCAGAGCAGAACGUCGGCUGCAGGACUCCGGAGGGUCGGGACCACAAAGCCGCGAGGUCCGAGGUGAGCUCCAGCAGCUCCCUGGAGUCUUCGGGUCGGUCGGGGAGGAAGAUGGGCAUCCAGGCUCUGCUGCACUCUGAGGGCCUCGAGGCCUCCGACGAGCAGGGGCGGGACAUCCUGUCCUCGCAGGAGGACAUGUUCGACGCCGACAAGACGGGGGCCGCGGUGGACAGCACGGUGUCCGAGCCGGAGCAGCAGGGUGCCCCCACCCCGACGCCGGCGCACACCCUGGGUCUGCUGCACCUGUCCGGACAGCAGACGCUGGUGCAGCUGAGUCUGUCGCAGGGCUCCAUUGACUACGUUGGCCCCACCCCAGACACCUUCACCCAGACCCCUUUGAUUGUCCCCAGCUCGCCGACGGGACCCGAGAGCCAGCGCGGUGCUGAUGAAGCGAUGGAUACUUCCCUGCCCCCAGGAGACGGAGAGAAGGUGGAGGAGGAGGAGCCGAUGGACACGGAGGCUGCCUCUAAGCCACGCCCAUCCGCCUCUACUCCCGUCUCCCAGAAUCCUCCAGGUUUCGUGCUGGACCGAACUCUCUCUUUGCCCUCCCAGCCAGAGUUCUCUCAUGACGCGUUUGUCCCGACUCCGAGCCGGGAGACGCCGACGCCGAGCGAGACGCCGUCCCAGUGGCCGGAGUCGGCUCCUCCCGCUCCGCCUCUGCGGCUCUCCGCCGACAGCCCCCCCGAGGACGAGGAGGACAGCCAGGCCACUCAGAUCGAGGAGCCGGAGGAGGCGCCCGCCUGCGACUCCGCGGCUCCUCCCCGCGCGGGCGCCGGCGACGACAACGGCGUCGCGCCGGAGGCUCGAACUGCCGCCGAGGCCGAGUCGCCGCGGCGACCCGAUGUGCACGAUAAGACGUCUUUGAACGUAGAAACGGCGAAUGUAAAGGAGGCGAGCCCCGCCCACCUGGCGUCCUGCUCGCAACUACGGUCGGAUUCCUCCGAUCUGACCGUCGACAGCUGUGUGCGGGAGACGCCGCCUGCCGACCCCGCCCCCCCCUGCGCCCCCCCGACCCCCGCCGGGAGGGACGGAGGGGGAGGAGCAAAGAGUCCGUCCGUUAGAGCGUCCUCACAGAAGAGCGCAGCGGGCGGCAACAGUCAGGAGGUGUCAGAGGAGGCUGAUGGGCGGGGCGAAGCGGAGGAGGAGGAGGAGGUGAUGGAGGAGGGUCUGGGAAUGGCUUUCGUCCUCUCCCAGAGCCAGCUGUUGUCCCCUGAGCCCAUGGAGGCGGCGGAUUGUGGAGACCGAGCAGAGGACAGCGUCGUCGUGGUUACAGACAGCGUGAGGGACUCUCAGGCUCUUCAGAAAGACGCCGCUCCGCCGCCGAAGGCCAGCAGCUCCCCGCCGGCCUCCACCAACGGCCAUCAGCCCCAGGCUCACGCGGGGGAGGCCCACGCGGCUCCUGAUAGGCCGGGGGCGGGGCCAGACCCAGAGGGCCUCCGAGAGAAGAGCCUGAGUGACAGCUCCGGAGACCUUUCGUUCCACUUCACCCUUCCUAAAGAAGGGGAGCUGAUUGGUCCCGUGGUGGGGGCCACGCCCCCUCUAAUCAGCCAGCUGAAGCAGACCCUGAGACACAGCACUCCCAUCGAGAUUACUUCCUUCUCUGAAAAGUCCGGCUUGGGGGGCAACGGGUCGAUGGCGGCGAGCAACAUCGCGUCAGGGGAGAGCGGCGACGAGGCGGCGGAGAAGGGAGACGGGAAGCUGAGUCUGAGGAUGAAGCUGGUGACCCCUGUGGAGGAGGGCAGCUCGGAGCGCUUCAGCCUGCAGAAACCAGCGCUGUCGGAUGAGGAUGAACCCGUCGCCAUGGUUACCACCGUUGCUAACGCUGUAGCCAGCAGCCCGUCGGUGUUCACUCGAGUCAGGCAGGUGCACCGGCAGCAGGAGGCCAGGGAGGACCUCCAGGGCGGGGGCCACACCACACCUGUGAGCAGAGGGCAGCUGUUCGCCCCCCCACAGCGGAGCUCGCCGGCGUCCUCGCUGGGAUGCAACAGCCUCCCCAACAGCCAAUCGGAGCCUCCGCCACAGGAGGCGUCGCCACGGGAGACCCGUAAGGCUCCUCCCACCAACGAGCCCUCUGAGCACACACAAGCCCCGCCUCCGGAGGCGCCCGCCCCCAACAAGGCAGACGCCCGGCUGAGGGCCGCCGCCGUGUCCAGCCCGUCCAAGCUGCGUCAGCGAACUGUCUCCCAGCAGACCAGCUUCGAUGCACCGGGGCAACGCUCCCCAGCCGGCAGGGGAGAACCAGAGUCUCCGUCCUUUAGAAGAGCCGCAGGCCCCGCCCACCGCAGGCACGUGCGCACCAUCCAGGAAGUGCGCACCACCGUCACGCGCGUCAUCACGGACGUUUACUAUGACGACGGCAAAGAGGUGGAGCGCAAAGUUACAGAGGAGAACGAGGAGCCCGUGGUGGACUGCCAGGUGUUGGACAGCGACAUCUCACCGUGCCGCACGGGCAGCUCCAUGACCUCCGGUGACCUUGGCGACAUCAGCUCUCUGUCGUCCAAGGCCUCCAGCCUGCAGCACAGCUCCGGGGGAACCAGCAGCAGCGGCUUCACGCGGCCAGACCUCAUCAUGCCGCCCAGCCGAGGGGCCCUCAGUCCCAGGAGGGGAGGCGGGCAGCAACAGAGGGGUCACAGGGGUCACAGGGCAGGGUCAGUGGUCACAGUGAACCGAGGCUACGGCACCCCGGGGUCCCGGGCCCUCGCCCCGCUGACCCCCAGAGGAAGGGCUCGGAGGGGCCGGCCCCCGUCCCGCUCCUCGAUGUCCAGGGGGGGCGCAGCCGGCUCGCUGCCGAGGCAGCCCCACUCCUCCUCGGAGGACGAGCCCUUCGCCCGCAUGCUCCCCCCGCGCCUCCCCCUCAGCCCCGCGGAGGCAGAGCCCCACGCGCGCUCCGACUCCCUCCGCUCGUCCCCGGAGGAGGCCGGCCGGGGGGGGGGCGGCGGCAGCAGCCUGGUGGGCCUGCGGGUGGUGGCCAAGUGGUCGUCCAACGGCUACUUCUACUCGGGCCGCAUUGUCAGGGACACCGGCGAGGGGCGGUUCCGCCUGCGGUUCGACGACGGCUACGAGUGCGAGGUGGCGGGGAGGGACAUCCUGCUGUGUGACCCCAUCCCCCUGGAGACGGAGGUCACCGCGCUGCUGGAGGACGAGUACUUCAGCAUCGGUGUGGUGAGGGGCCACAAGACGGAGGGGCAGGACCUGUUCUACAGCGUGGAGAAGGACGCCCAGAGGCAGUGGUACAACCGGACGGCCAUCAUCUUGUCCCUGGAGCAGGGCAACAAGCUGAGGGAGCAGCACAGCCUCGGGCCCUACGAGCCCUCCACCCCGCUGGCCAAGGCCUCCGACAUCAGCCUCGACAACCUGGUGGAGGGCAAGAGGCGGCGCAGAGGAGGAGCCCCCGAGGGGCAGAACACUCCCAACCGCGGCUCCUCCAGCAGCCCCCGGACCCCCGGGCCCUCCGGCAAGAGGAAGCUGCUGAGCUCCGAGGAGAGCAGGUCGCCGGCCAAGAGGGGGCGCCGCGGCUCGGGCGCCAGAGCCGCCCAGCGGGUCGGCGUGUGCAACACCUCGGGCAGCGGCACCGACCUCCCCGCCCCCUCCGGCGAGGCGGCGGAGACCCACGGCCCGCUGCCCCAGAACACCACCCUCUUCAUGGGCUUCGCCUUCAUGCUGACGGCCUCCUCCGAGAUCGACCGGCUGACCAACAGGCCCGGCAGCGACGACGAGGACGAUUACGUGGAGACGGGUCCGUACAACAAAGCGUACACGGAGUCCCAGCUGCAGGCGGGCGGAGGGUUCGUCCUGCAGGACUUCAACGAGGAACAAUGUAAGGCGGCCUACCAGAGCCUGCUCAUUGCUGACCAGCACUGCCGCACCAGGAAGUACCUGCUGUGCCUGGCCAGCGGCGUGCCCAGCGUGUCGCACCUGUGGGUGAGGGACUGCUGCAGAGAGAACAAGCUGCUCAACUACCGGAACUACCUGCUGCCGGCCGGCGUGGGGCCCGACGAGGCGCUGGUGGAGUGGCAUCCGCGCUGCAGCCCCUUCAAGGCCCUGCGGGUCCUUCUGGUGUUUGAGAAGCCGGUGGAGCUUUGGGCGCAGCUGAUCUCCAUGGGCGGAGGCUCCUCCGUCCGGCAGUUCCCGGCAGACAAAGACUCCUCAGACAUCCCCGCCGGCAGGUAUGAGGUGGUGGUGACGGACAGCGCCUGCCCGGCGUGGGUGGAGACGGAGGUGACGUCCCAGGACGUCCCGCUGGUGUCUCCAGAGUGGCUCAUCCAGAGCGUCAUCCGGGGGGAGCGCCUGGGCUUCCACAGCAAGCCUCAGUAUCGCCAUGACUACGCCUCCUCGUCAUAAUCGUGUGCUAAAGCGUUGGAUGUUCAGCAUUAGUUCUGUUGCAUGCUGCUGCUGUACAUAACUUUAUCUGCUCUGUUUUUAAUGGGAUAAUAAACUGUGACUCGUUUCAUUUUAA